CAUGCCCAGUUCGGGGGCUCGCUGGGCGGCGUGGUGGGCUUCCCCUACCCGCUGGGCCACCACCACGUGUACGAGCUGGCCGGCCCCGCCGCGGCCGCCUCGGUGCCCUUCUCCAUCGACGGCCUGCUCAGCGGCUCGUGCGCCGCCGCCGCCGCCGCCUCGGUGGUCAACCCCACGCCGCUGCUGCCGGCCGCCUGCGGGGUGGGAGGCGACAGCCAGCCCUUCAAGCUGUCAGACUCGGGGGACCCCGACAAGGAGAGCCCGGGCUGCAAGCGGCGGCGCACCCGCACCAACUUCACGGGCUGGCAGCUGGAAGAGCUGGAGAAGGCGUUCAACGAGAGCCACUAUCCCGACGUGUUCAUGCGCGAGGCGCUGGCGCUGCGCCUGGAUCUGGUCGAAUCCCGCGUGCAGGUCUGGUUCCAAAACCGCCGGGCCAAGUGGAGGAAGAAGGAGAACACGAAGAAGGGCCCGGGGCGGCCGGCUCACAACUCACACCCGACCACGUGCAGUGGCGAGCCAAUGGACCCAGAGGAGAUCGCGCGCAAAGAACUGGAGAAGAUGGAGAAAAAGAAGCGCAAGCAUGAGAAGAAGCUGCUGAAGAGCCAGAGCCGCCACCUGCACUCGCCGGGCGGCUUGUCCCUGCACAGCGCACCCAGCUCCGACAGCGACAGACCCCGAGGCGGCGGCAGCCAGGGCGGCCCCACGCAGAGCGUGCACCUCUGCUUCGCGGUGCCGGCCCCUCCCAGCCGGCGCCCUCAAGUCCUCUUCCCGGGCCCAGCGGAGGGCACGCAGGCCUCGCCGCGGACCACCUCCUCCCGGCCCCCAUCGCGGCGGCCUGAGCCCCCUGCAGCCCGUCCUGGUGGCCGCGUGACCAUAGCCGCGCAGCGGGGAAACUGA